AUGAAGUAUCAGAGCAAGAUUUCGGUUUGUACAUGUCCAAAGCACAUUUGUUGCUGCAAAUCUCAAAAUUUACAUUUCAUAGAAGAUAAAACUGAAGAUUCUUACAAUUUAUUUGAUAUCCUUGCACACAAUAAUAUUUCUAUUCCUCAAAAGCAGACGCCAAUUAAAGUUUCAAAAGCGCCAAAAACUACUUAUCGUCAGGAUUAUUAUCCGAAAUGCUUACAGACAUGUAAAAAAGCUAUUCCACCGUUUCCAGCUCUUUAUGCAUCGGAUAAAAAGAUGAGUCAUAAAACUAUUCAUAAAACAGAUUUCAAACCUUAUUCCGAAAAAAGCAAAAAAGAUUGUGUGGGAAGAAUUGUGAAACCUGAAAAUAAUUUAGUUUGUUCACUAGGGAAAUUUGGAGCUAAAAGUGAAACUAAGAGUUCUUAUAAGAAUCCAGCUUCUAAAAAAGGCUUAACUGGUAGCAAAUCUCUUUUUCGAGAACAAAAGUUUUCUAAUAAAGAUAAUAUCUCUAUUUCUGUAGACAAGUGCCAAGCACUAUCUUCUGAGACGACAUACUCAUCAGCAUACAAAGUGCCGAAAGGGUUCCAGAAAACUGAAAUUUUUGUUCCAAAGUCUGACAUGCACAAAGUUGAUUCUUCGAAAGCUUACAAGGAUAUUUCUCAAUACAGAAGUGAUUUUAAAAGACCUAAAAACGUUAAAAAAGAAUGCAUUCGUAAAAUUCAAAAAUAUUCUGCCCCAGAUGAACCCAUGGAAAACAAAACUACUUACAGAAUGGAUUAUAAACCCAAGAAACCUACGGAAAAGAAGGCAUGGGGAGAUUUUUCAACUUAUUCCAGUUGUGGCGCAGAUGUUAACAGGUUAUGUUGCCCUUGUAUGCACAAUGCUAGGAUUUGUCAAGCAGCCUGUUGAAGAAUUUGACAAUCAGAAUACGUCAAAUUCAAGUUACAAUAAGUCGAAGUGAAACAAGUGUUUUUUCUUUAUAACGAUUUAGAAUGAUGUGAUAUAAGAUGAGCAUUUAAAUUUCUCAUUGUCGUCCUCAAUAAAGUUAUUUAUAGAAUGCAUAUGCAAAG